AGACGAAUAGGCGACGAUCUCCGCCCCUUUCUCCUCCCCUGAUUCUUAUAAUUACUAUGUAGAAAAAAAUGGGGCUAACUAGUGGGGAACCGGGUGGAUACAACACGAUUCACAAUGUAACAUAAGUGGAGCGAUAUAAAGAAUGGGCAGAGAAAGUCUAACCUAAUCGGACUUUAGAAAUGUGUUGUUGACCAGACAAAGGAAGAGUUCUACAAAACAAGGUGCUCAUGAAGAAUGGAACUAACCAUGUUUAACAUUGAACUUUGAUCAUUGAACACACCCUAAUGGAUUACGUAAGCUCCGCUGAACCAGAUGUUGAUGCCUUCAUCUGCACAGAAUGUGGGGAUGGCUUCAGGCGCUACCUUGACUUGGUUAAACACAUUACUGUUCAUGAACGACUCAGGACUCAUGAACGAACAGAUUCAUUUUCCCUUGACAGUUUGCCCAAUGGGUUUCAAGUUCCCCGUGAGUAUGCUCUCCAUGAAAAUGGAACUUUCAUAGUGGUUGACAGAUCUGGACCAUCAAACAACCCUUCUUCUGUCAAACAGCCAUCUUCAACUCCUUCACCUUAUCAGAAUUCAAAGACCAUUGUACUUACAACUAAGCCAGCAAAAACUGAUCUACGUGUUAACACAGUAUCUCACCUCCAGUGCCGCAGUGUCUCUCCUCUAAAACUGUACCGAUGCGAAACAUGUGGAAAAUCGUUUAACAACCAGCUGAGUUUACAACGCCAUCAACAGUAUCGGAAUUUAGAGCAAGGUUAUAAGUGCACCUUGUGUUGUAAGAUCUUCACAGAUAAAGAGAGGCUAAGGGAACAUCUCCAAGAACAUGCCCAUGAAAUAUUUUACUGCUGUGGUCAGUGUGGAAAACGCUUUCUGAAACAAGAGACCCUGUAUGCUCAUCAAAAAGAGCAGCAUGGAUCGCUGGGGCUCAAACAAAUGGGGAAGUCAGACAAUGGUCAAGAGAACAUAAUACAGAAAACAUAUCCCUGUAAGAAGUGUAAUCUAUGUUUUUUCUGGCUCUCUGACUUGCAGAGCCACUUACUCAGUCAUUCCAAAGACAAACCAUUAUCUGUGAACUCUUCAUCCAAAAUCGAGCAACAGUCUCAGAAAGAUGAGCUAUCACAUACCAUAGAGUACAGCGACAGCACCCCUACUGAUGUGACCAAACAGUACAGCAGCGGCACCCCUACUACCGAUGUGACCAAACAGUACAGCAGUGACGCAACUGUUGAUGUGAAGACCCACAAUGGCAAAUCUGAUUCCAAAACACCAUCCUCUUUCAGACCAUACCGCUGUGGUUUAUGUGGAGAUCGCUUCCAGCAGUUAACAGACUUGAAGGAGCAUCAUCUUACCCAUCAAACACAGGAAGAAAUUGACAAGUUAAAUAAGGAUUCAGAGUCACAAAGAGUUGUAAAAAAGUGGCAAAGGUAUACUCGCAUUGAGUGCAUCGUAACAAAAGCACCUGCAAGGAAGCUAGGAAGGCCGCCUCUUUAUAAAAAAGGCUCUGGGACAAAAUUACAUCCAUGCAAACACUGCCACCGUGUAUUCAGUCACUCUAGUAGUCUGUCUCGGCACAAUAGAUCCCACAAGGGAACUCUUCACACUUGUGUUCUCUGUGGGAAACAUUUUCCACAACGCUGUGAUGUCCGGAGGCAUAUAGCCAUGUAUCACAAACCUGAAUUAGAGAAGAAGCCAAGUCUUAAGUACUUGGCAUUGCAUUCUAAGCCAGAUGGCGGUUCCCAAUUGAAUUCUGAUGUGUUGGAACAGAAUGCGUCAUCUGAAAUAAAACCCAAGAAGUCUUUAGACGGUGUUGCAGAUUUGGACAGUGACAAUGGUGAAGAUCAGCAAACCACAUCUACUGGAGAAGUGUCCGCUGCUCCUAAGGUACGGAGGAACUACAAGUGUGACGAAUGUGGGAAAAAGUUUGGGCUGCUGUGUGUGUACCAACGGCAUUUGCGGUACCACAAAAGGGAACCGGGUAGUGAAAUGGUUAUGUGCCCUCACUGUCCAAGUCGCUUCCGGAGUUCUUCUGCUCUAGGACGCCAUCUUGAGAUUCACUCAAGUCAGUCAAGGGGGGAAACGGACAUGGAAGGACAGGCAUCUCCCACUGCUGACUCCAAUCCAGACCUGGACUCUGACCAAGACAAUGUAAAGGAUUUAGUGGGUCAUGGGGACAUUGACGAUGUCAAGGGUGGGAAUGGUGAAAAAAUUGGUCCAGCAGAGGUGCUGUAUGAAUGCACUGAGUGUACAGAGACUUUUUCCUCCUUGCAGAAGUUUCUGAAGCACCAGAGUUCUCAUGGGUCCGAUAACCUUGGAUAAUGGAAACUAUGCAUGGUAUUUAUCCGGAGGUCCGAACCCUAACUUGAGAUCGAUGCACAUACCAUAUAUUGUUGCGCUGUUAUGCAGACCUCAAUUCAUGAUUUACGGAAGUCCGAGUUACGUGCACGUCUGAAGUUAGGAUUCUUUCCUUGAUGAUGGAGCAGUUUAACAAGUGUUAAAAAAAAAUUUUUUUUAAAUUAACAAUGAAUUGAGGAACUACAACCAGUAUGAUUCUUGGGUUGGGUGGGUCAUCCAUUCUGAACCAGAGUAGGAUGACAUUGAUGUAGCGCUGCAUAGAUCGAGAUGGUGUCUUAAGAACUGGGAAUUACUGAGAUUUUUUUAAUGUAUUUUCUACAAUCAUGUGAAUUUGAGGUUUGUUUUGUAUCAAUGUUUUAGAUUGUUUUGGUUACUUCAGUUAAACCUUUGACAUUACCCCUGGAAAUGCCAUGGUGUGGGAAUAAUGCCUUAAUAUGCUCUGAGAGCAUUAUUGAAGCUAGUAGUCGAGCACAAUUUGCUAAAGACAAAGUGGCAGUAAUGUUUUUGCAGAUAGAUUUGGACACAUGCAAACCGUUAAGAUGGUCUGCGGUAAUAAUGACUGUCCAUUUUGUAAAGUAAUUAGAAAAGUUUUUUUUUACAUGUGCAGUUCCAUUGGGAUUUCACUUUAAAACAAUUUAAGAGAUUAUUUAUUUGCAAUUGCCAAGCCUUUACAACCAUGGUGUCUUUCUCAAGAUCAGAAAACCUGUCAAGGUGAGGUGUUCCCAAACUACCAGACCAGGAAUGUUGGUAUCAUUUUGAAAGGCUUUCUCAUGUAUCAUCUUUUCACUAUAUUGUGGUCAUGUUUCUCAUUUCACAAAAUGGUUCUGCUACCUAGAUCAGUGGUUCCCAAUGAGGGGUACUAGGACCCCUGGGAGUACUUAGCCUAUCUAGAAGAAAAAGAAACGCACACCUAUUAAGGCGAGGUGCUGGCUAGCGGAGUAGAAAACUUGAAAAUAAGGGAGAGUCGCACACCCUAGGAGCUCAGAUGCUAAAAUGUAAUAUCCAACGUUUCGACAGCCAAGCUGUCUUCAUCAGGGUAUCAUCACAAACACUGCGAGAUGACUUGUUUAUAUAGUGUCAGAAGACACACAGGUGUCUGUAAUCAUGGCCAAAUGUGGCCUAAUAUCAUUGGUUAACUCUGAAAUAUAAAAAUGGCAUACAAAGAACAUACAAAAGAACAAAUGGAUAGCAUACGAUCAUAGAUACAUUUUAGACUACACAAGCUUACAAACAAUUACAAUGGCAAAGUCACAAGAAUGGCUUCAGAUCAAAGUCUACGUUGAGACCGAAGGGAGCAAGGGUCUUUAAAUUAAAGAUCCAGGCAGCCUCUCGUACUUAGCCUAUCCACAGGGGGUACUUGAGGAGACUCAUGAGACCAUAGGCCUACUGGUAAAAUGCACAUGGGGGGCACUUCAGGGGUUGUCUGGGCUGAGCAAAAUUCAGUUGGUGGUACAGUAACCGAAAAAGAUUGGGAACCACUGCUCUCGAUGAUUUAUGCUGCCAGUCUGUUAACACAUGAUCAUGUUUUUCCUUAGGACACUGCAAAGUCCAGUGAUUCCAAUGCAAGCCACACGUAGCAUUGUGAUGUAAAUUAGCCUUUUCAAAUGGUACUGUUGCUUCCUUUAUUGCCUACCAAACGUAAACAAAUGCAUUGGCCCUGAUUUAAAUGUUACUUUUGUGCCAUUAAAGUUGAAAGAAAUUAAUUUUU